GCAGCCCUGACCAACUCUAAUGUGCCGGAAUGUCAAUCAAAUGAAAACAAAAAAGCGGCGUGAGAAAAACUGAAAAGAACGGGCAGCCAGCGCCAACUCGCACCUUAAUUUCGAUGCAUUGAACGGAAACGGCGACCCGGAAGCAGGAGCCCCAGGAUUACGGACACGGCAGCCAUGGAAACGGCCAGGAUGGAGACGGCGAUGGAGACCCAUUUUAUGGCCAAAAUGGGGAAGUGGAUGACCCCCGAGGAGGAGGCGCGGCAAAAGUUCAUCAUGCGGGAGCGGGAUCGCGAGCGGAAGCGGAUAAAGCGCAUGAAUCCGGAGUACCGGCAGAUGGAACGCGAACGGGAUCGGUUUCGCAAGCUGACGCCCAGGCCCAGUCUGAUGACCCCCGAGGAGGAGGCGCGCCACAAGUUCAUCAUGCGAGAGCGGGAUCGCGAGAGGAAGCGGAUCAAGCGCCUCAAUCCCGAGUACCGGCGAAUGGAACGCGAGCGCGAUCGAUUCCGCAAGAAGGCACGACGUGCUAACUUGACCCCCGAGGAGGAGCUGCGACUGAAGAUGAUCCAAAGGGAGCGGGAUCGAGAGAGGAAACGGAUCAAGCGAAUGAACCCGGAGUACAGGAGGCUGGAGCAGGAACGUGAUAGGGAUAGGAAGAAGGCGCGAAGAGCCAACGAGGCCUUCAGGCAGCUGGAGAAGCUGAGGGAUAAGAUCCGAAAGGACCGCAAGAAGGGCUUACUGGUUACGGACCCCACGCAGUUGCCGCCGGAGUUCGCAGCCAUGAUACCGCCAGUGCCUGUGGUGAAACCCGAGGUGGGUGUGCCACCAGCCCCGCCCCAAAGCCAGCAGCAGACGACGCCACUGCUGCAGCAACAGCAGCCGUUGCAGCAACAUCAGCAGGUGCCACAGCAGCAGCAUCAGCAACCUCCGCCCACGCAUCUGCAGGAGCAGCAGUUGAGUCACCAGCUGGCGCACCAACGAAACCGAAUGAUGUCCAGCCAACUCACCCAGCUGGCCACGCCCCCCGCCCAUGCCUCGCACCUGCAGCAGCUGAAUAAGUUGCAGCAACUCUACCCUCCACGGAGUUUUGGCCAUCCCGCGUUGCCCAUCGCGGGAGUGACGCUGAUGCCGCAGCUCUGCCAUCCUAUCCUGCAUCAAAACCUCAGUGCCACUCUGUACGCGGGUCCACCGAAUGGCAUCAAGCAGGAGUACGGUCAGGAUAUCUCCGCCUCGGCAAUGGCAGCAGCACAAGCGGCGGCCUUGGCAUCGCUGAGGAAUCCCCAGCAGCAGCAGCAUCAAGAUGAUUCCGAAAUGGUUAUAAACCUUGAACCCGAAAUCGUACUCCAAACCGGACCUGACUUGAAUCCCGCCCAGCCGCCGCCGCAGCAACAGCAUCAUUUCAGCGCCCAUCAGCAGCAGCAACAGCAACAACAGCAGCAGCAACAUCAUCUCCAGCAGCAGCAGCAUUGCAACAUGUUCCAGCAUAUGGCUCCCCAGGCGCACAUGCAGCACAUGCGAUCCCUGCCGCCUCCGCCCCCGCCCCCCUCGCUGAGCUUGCCACCGCUGCCGCCCCCGCCACCUGCCACGCACCAGCAACAACAGCAGCAGCAGCAACCUGCGCCGCCACAGCAACUACAACAUGCUCCGCAGUGAGAUAUUCUCGCCUGUAGUCCUAAGCUCAAUUCUCUAGCCAGCUAAACGCAUCCGAAAGUUUGAGUGCACACACGCCCGGAGUUGUGAUCUAAAUAGUUUCGUAAUUUUGAAAACCCUUAAGGAAAAGGUCAAGAACAAAAAGAUUGGUGUAUAUACAGGGCUCACAAGUAAUCAUGAAUGGAAUGGCAGCUUGUUAAGAAUAUUCUGGAAACAAUUUAAAUUAUUUUUUUGCAACCAAUUUACUUUAUUUUUGAUAUGCCACUAAAGUGCUGAUAAAUUUUAAAUCGUUUUAACUUUGAGACGUUUAAAAUCAAAGUUAUUAGCAACUCUGUACCAGCGUAUUGUUGUAUUUCAUGGUCGUUCUGACUUUAUUUAAAUAUCAACCAAUUUCUUACCAACAACCAUUGAGCAGUAUCAGCAACAUGUUCAAAUUUCAUAAACUUUGGGCGAAAGCACUUUGUGAUAAAAUGCACCCAUUGCUGAAAUGCUUCAAAUUUGUGCUAAAAAUUGUGGCCCCAUUGUAUUCUAAUUUCUCACUAAUAUUAAAUGUUGGUACAGAAUUGGUGGAUACCUAUGUGAAUUUUCUAAUGUCAAAAGUCUUUUGAACUUUUUUCCUUCCCAUGAUCGCUUACUGUUCCCAAUUUCAAUGUGGUAGUCACAACUCCCAAGGAUGUGUGCCAAUAUCUCAUACGCACACACUCGCACUGAAACACACCCAAGUUUAUUUUUGAUGUAUGUUAAGUAGACGCCAUUUAAAAAAUGCCGAUACGUAUUAUGUUGCGUUACGCAAUCCGGACUACGUUAGUUUAGUGGGCUUCCCCGUCAUAAUUUGUUUUAGGUCGUCAUCGUUUCCAGCAUUUCUCUGUUUUUUAGGUCUGUACGUAUUUUGUUUAGUCGCUAAGUGAUAGAUGAUACAAUAUGGCAAGUCUAGGAUGAUACGAUCUACAGUACGAUAUAACGAUAAUUGUAUACCUAUAUGAUAUAAUGAUAUGGUAUGGCCAGCCGCGAAAUAAUUAUUACGAAUUUAUGCGCAAAAAACGAGCGAAAUAUAAGCAGCAAACCAGAUUUGCUAAAAAUA